CUUGGAGUCGCCGGCAAAGUUAUCUUGAACACGUAUUACAAACAAAUAUUACACAAAUAAAUCAACGAAAAAACUUAGGAAUUAUCGUUGGUUUUUAUAAGUGACUCAAAGAUUAGUUAAGCAGCGUGAACGCGCUAAAAAAAAUCUAGUUCUUCCUUAUUUAGACUGUCAAAAAGUAUUUGAAUAUUAUUAAAACUCAUACUUUUUUUCACUGGAACUGUGGUACCACGACUGUGGCAAACAAGCAUACGGCCUGCCUGACGGUAAGCAGUCACCCAGCCUAUGGACGCCUGCAACUCCAGAGGUGUUACAUCCGCGUUGUCGACCCUUUAAAAACCUGUACACUCCUUUUUUGAAGAACCCCAUACUGUAGAUUCUCGGGAAAACCUCGUAAGGGGGCUCAUUCCACAGCCGGAGCGUCCGCGGGAGGAAAUUCCUCUUGAACCGCACAUUACGCGACCGGUUCUAAGGUGUGAGGGUGAACACCCUGCCGACGGCGAGCGCUGCGGUGAUAGAAAGUGACCGUUGGUAUCAUGUCAAACAACUCCUCAGAGCACAGCCCAUUGUACAAGCGGGCUUCCCCUUUAAUAGUUAUAAAAAGGUAUCGUCGGUUUUAGAAAAGAUACCGCGCAAGCACUAAUAACUAUAAGUAACCUAUUACAUACAUAAAUAGUCUGACAAAUUUUAUGUAGGCAGUUACAAAAUACAUAAAGUAUAAUCUUAACUUUUUUUGGUGAAAAGACGUGAUGAUUAUUUCGCCCAGUAUUUUUCGCGAAAUUUAUAUUAUUAAAUAUAGCCGCUACUUAGUAAUAUCUACCAUAGUUUUGCCUUGCGUCAGCGAUGGUGACGUCGAUGAGUAUGGGUUAAGCUAUGUUAUCCUCAUAAUUUAAUUUAAUAUCAUUUUCAGUCCCCACUGGUGUAGUUGAAGUUGUAACAAUGAUUUUAAUAAACUGUUUUGUGUUUAUUGUGAUUUUCAAAAGUGUGGAAAUAUAUUCGUAUACUCCUGUAAACGAUAAUACUACACACAAAUUUGAAGAGAUUUCUACUUCAGUAGUCGACUACAAACAACUAAUGAUAAUAGGAUUUGGUGUAUCGGGUGUAUUAUUGUUGAUAAUCAUAAUACAAAGCAUAACUUUAUGCAUAAUAAACUGCACAUGCAAAUCGAAAGGUACCCGUAAAAAUGAAAAUAGACCUGACGCAGGCUCUGUCGUUACGGAAAGUGGAAAUCAUGAAGAAAUCGAAGAAAAUCAAGACAUUGAACAGGCCCCCAACUUAACCUACCAAAAUCAUAAUGAACUUCAAGAAUCAUCGAGUUCUCCAACAAGAUCAAAUGUGAAGAAUAAGACCACUACAGCCUCAAAACUUCCGCGCCAACAUAAGGCCAAAGACACGAAGUCAACAGUUGAAACACCAAUGAAGCAAAUGAAACGACUUUCGAAUAACUUAGGAUUAUUUUUAUUUAAAUCAGCCAAGCCCCACGAUGUGUCUGCUACUUCAGCUAAAGAAUACCCUGAAUCUGGUCCUAUCUACGGAAACCUAAUGGAAAUGGAGGAACUAUCGAAAUCUGUUAGUAAACCGAACGGGAAAUUAGAUAGAAAAAUAACGGCGACCACUCCAGCAUCAACAUUUGUACGUCAACACAACGCCUACCACACCGGAUCUCCAUCAACAUCAACAGUUCACAAUGAGACAAAACGACCAAUCCAUCUUGGGAACCAAAUAGCACAUUCAAAAAUGCCUCCGUUACAUGGUGUGCCCCUAGCUUCAAAUUUGAAUAAUCGGCAAAGCUCUUAUUCAGUGUAUAGUGAAGACUGGACGUAUGAACCCUUAGAAGAAGUAUAUGAACAACUUGAAUAAUUUGAUACAAGAUAAUAUAUCCAAGAUUAGUUACGUAUAAUAAGUUGAAUGGAGCGGUGUACUUUUUUAAACAAAAGCAAGCUACAUUUUUACAAAUUGUAACGAAAUAAGAAACUUACGUGUUUCUGAAAAUUAAGUAUACAUAGGUAUUUCGCAGUGUAUAAGUAUCUUUUGUGAUAUGUAAAAAUAAAACUAUCCGUCAAACAUUUAUAUAUCAAUAUUAUAGCUUUAAUAUUAUUUCGGUUAACAUUAAUUGUGACGUCCCGCGGUCGGCACUUACGCUGUUAUUACCGACGCUCCAAUACUAUUGCAGUGCUACGCGACGUGAGCGCCAACCGCCAUAAAGUACCUUUUCCCAUGGAACGUCACAAUUAUGAGAUGAGAAACAGGAAGUCAUAAUUUUCCUUCGCAAUAAAUUAUUAUUUUUUUCAUAAUUAAGAGUAAAGGGCAAGCAAUUUUAACUUACAAAGACUGGGUAUGGUGCUUCUGAAUAAAUGAACAGCCCAAGAGAGCUAUAAAGUUUUUAUGUGCUAUUUUAAUUAGAAUAAAGAAUGACUUCUUCAGAUUCUAUUUUGCAUUGAGAAGUAUUUUUUCUUUUGUCUUUGGUAAAAUACUAAAAUACGGAGGCAUAAACUGCAACUGAAAUAGACAUUUGAACUGGGGAAGUAAGAGACAACACUCAUCAAUGCUUUGAUCAAUGCAAAAACAAAUAAAUUUAAAGCCUGAUCAGUAAUAUAUGAUCACGCGCCAUGUUGCGGAAUUUCAUUGGAACUAAUUUUUUCAUACCAAACUGAACUGUCACCAUAUAUAGACCAUAUAUAUACAAGAGAAUAACAGCGCCCUCUUGACAAUGAUCAUAUAUUUCUGGUCGGGCUUUAAAUAUAAAUUAAGAAAACUGUUCAUAUUUUUUUUUGUUUUCAUUUACCAAACAAAAAUAUAAAUUAUAAUAAUAUAUAAAAAAAUCAUCAUGUGCAUUAACUGACGAGAGUAAACACUUUUUAGGGUUCCGUAGCCAA